AAUCACUCAUUCCAAGAGCGGGAAUUUCAAUUCCAGAAUCCAAACAGAAACCGAGUGAGAAAAUCUUGUUGCUCUUUGUGAGAAAAUCUCUAACUCCAAAAUUUUCUUGGGAAACAAUCAUUAAUCCUGUUCAUCACUUUCCCAUGUCGUUGAAAAACUAGCUCUCUCAAUCAGCUUUCCCUCUCAUCUCUCCAGCCAGAGUUUCGAAUUUGUUCUUCAAUUCAAUCUCCUUCCAAAUCCUCUGAAAUCGCAACUCCUUAAUUUAUUUUUUCUCAGGAAACAAGCGGAAACCAACUAUGGCUGAACCUUUCUCCGAAGUCCGUCUCCCCCAAUCCGUCGAAUCGAUGCUCCAGAAAAUCUGUAUCGAGCAAUUUCAAUCGCCUCCAGAUACUUCGGUCCGAAAACAGCUUGAAUUGCUCGGCGAAGAGGUGUCUCUUGAGAUCCUCGGAAUAAUAUGCACACAAAAAAUUCGCAAAAGUUUAAGUGGUUUCAUAAUGUAUUUAGCCAAGGACUACGCUGGAGCUCCUACUCAACAAGACAUUUAUCAAUCACCUCAUAAACGGAGCUCAGAUGAUUGCUAUAGUCCAGUGAAUUCACCAAUCCGUCUCCCCCAAUCCGUCGAAUCGGUGCUCCAGAAAAUCUGUGUCGAGCAAUAUCAAUCGCCUCCAGGUACUUCUGUCCGAAAACAGCUUGAAUUGCUCGGCGAAGAGGUGUCUCUUGAGAUCCUCGGAAUAAUAUGCACACAAAAAAUUCGCAAAAGUUUGAGUGGUUUCAUAAUGCAUUUAGCCAAGGACUACGCUGGAGCUCCUACUCAACAAGGCAUUUAUCAAUCACCUCAUAAACGGAGCUCAGAUGAUUGCUAUAGUCCAGUGAAUUCACCAGAUGGUGUUGGUCCUCACUCACAAGUCUCAAUGCGGCCAGUAUUCUCACCGAGUUCGGAGGGGGCAAGCACUCAGAAAUUGAGUCCUCAGUUGCUAGCCCUGAGUGAACUAGAGUUCAGGAAAGGAUUCUUGAUUCUAAGUUACAUUGGGAGUAACAAGUUGGAGGACUUCAUGUCAGCCGAUGACGUUUCAAAUCUAAAAAAUCUUCCAAUGUGGAGUUUUGAGGCAAAAGUUUGGGAUGAUUAUGGUGAGCAGAUUAAACACUGCAGUGAUAAAGACCGGCCUAAGUAUCUAGAUUGGGAUUCUGGAAAGACACAUCUAUAUUACUGUCAUGUUUAUCAAGAUGGAAGUUAUACUUUCAAGGGACCGUAUUUGAACUGCACCAGAACUCACCUACAAAGGGUAUUAGGCGAUGAGAACGUAUUGAUUGUGAAGUUUGCCGAAGAGGCCACAAGCUGUAAUAAUAGGGUGACUGGUUCUAGUAAUUAUGAUGCUGCAUUCAACAAGAUUGCUGAAGAAGGAAUUCUUGUUGGUCUGAGGCGCUUUCGAUUUUUUGUGUUUAAAGAUGGAGGCAAAGAGGAGAAGAAGAAAAGCCCAACUUCAUCAUCUGUAAAAUGCUACUUUGUAAGAAUGGAGUCUCUUGCCCCUUGCGACGAGACAGAAUCUUACAUUUUGUCUAAGAAAACAGUCUAUGAAGCAAGGUGUCUCUUCAUGCAUGUACAAAUGGUCUCCAGCCUCACAAAAUAUAUGCCUAGGUUUUCCCUUGUUUUAUCAAAGACGAUAAAACUUCAAGUCGAUCUUGCUUCCAUCACUAUUAAAGAUAUUGAAGAUAUUCCUUGCCGAGAUGAAAAUGGAUGUGUUGUCUAUAAUGAAGAUAGAGAACCUCUUAUACAUACUGACGGAACUGGCUAUAUUUCAGUAGAUAUUGCAUUGAAGGCUCCCAAAGAUUUUUCCAGAGCAAAGUAUAUAAAUGAUGAAAAUUUUGAGAGAUUUCUUAAUCAUGCCAAUUGUGAGCAGAAAUCACUGGAAUUGAGAGGGUCGGAAGCUCAUACCAGGGAACCGCCUUUGCUGAUGCAGAUCCGUUUGUUUUACAAUGGACGUGCUGUCAAGGGUACCCUUCUUGUCAAUAGAAAGCUUCCAGAAAAAACAAUUCAGGUUAGGUCUUCAAUGAUAAAGGUUGAGACGGAUUCAAGACUCUCAAAUGUGCAAACUUUUAACUCACUGGAGAUAGUUGGAAUUAGCAAUAAACCCAAAAAAAAUUAUCUGUCAAGGAACUUGAUUGCACUUCUUAGCUAUGGAGGGGUCCCUAAAAAAUACUUUUUGGAUAUACUGACAAAUGCUUUGGAAGAUGCUCAGUGUGUUUACUCCAAUAAGCGUACCGCAUUAAAAGUUGCCAUUAAUCAUGGAGAAAUGGAUGACAAUUUUACUGUGGCACAAAUGAUUUUAUCUGGAACUCCUUUGGAUGAGCCAUACAUACAAUAUCGUUUGUCUGUGUUGGCAAAGGAAGUAAGAAAGGGGCUUAAAGGAGGAAAGCUUCCUAUUAGUGAAAGCUUUUACUUAAUGGGCACAGCUGAUCCAACUGAAGAGUUAAAUAGUGAUGAAGUUUGUGUUAUCCUAGAUAACGGUCAAAUCUCAGGGCAAGUAUUAGUGUAUAGGAACCCAGGUCUUCACUUUGGGGAUAUUCAUGUUUUGAAAGCUGUCUAUGUAAAGGCCUUGGAAGACUUUGUCGGAAAUGCUAAAUAUGCUAUAUUUUUCUCAACUAAGGGCCGGAGAUCAGUAGGCAGUGAAAUUGCAAAUGGUGAUUUUGAUGGGGAUAUGUAUUGGGUCUCCAGGAACCCAGAGCUGUUGAGGCAUUUCAAACCGAGUUAUCCUUGGAGCCGUAUCUAUUCAACACCAAAUGCAUGCAACACAAAAAAACCCAGUGAGCUUUCGGCUGAGGAAUUAGAACAUGAGCUUUUUCAGCUAUUCAAAAGAACAAGGUUUCAGCAAAGUUACAAUAUGAGUGUGGCUGCUGAUAGCUGGCUGGCAUUUAUGGAUCGACUUCUUAUAUUGGGGGACAGCUGUUCUGAUGAGAAGGACAGCAUGAAAGAAACAAUGCACCAUUUGAUUGACAUAUACUAUGAGGCUUUAGAUGCUCCCAAGAGUGGGAAAAAGGUUGUAAUUCCAGAUCAAUUGAAGGCAGAAAAAUUUCCACAUUACAUGGGAAAGCCAAAUAAGUAUCACUCUACUUCUGUUUUAGGACUUAUUUAUGAGAUGGUUGAGUCAUUUCAAUCUCAAGAUCUCUCAGCAAAAGAUGUGGAAGUCUGGAAAUUGCCUUGUUUCGAUGUUGAAAUCCCCACAUCCUGCAUGAAGUUGUGGGGUGAGAGGUAUUCUCAGUACAGAUGUGAGAUGACCGAGGCUAUGAACUUAGACGAUGAAUCAAAGAAUGAUGCCGCAAAUGUAGUGACCAAGAGAUAUAAACAGUUGCUAUAUGGAGCUGCGGAGUUUGAAGAAAGUCCAAGGAACACUGAGGAUAUAUACAAUGAGGCCCUCGCAAUUUACAAUAUAACUUAUGAUCAUGCAAUGGGGUAUCGAAAUGUCAAGAAUUGUGGCUUUGCUUGGAGAGUUGCAGGUUCGGCUCUCUUUAAGCUCCAUGCCAUUAAGCAGAGUGAAAAAAUGGAAAAACCCAUAGUUUGUUUGCCAUCGGUCUUACGUGAGGUGUUGAAUUAGAAGGCUAUACCAGUUGUGUUCGAAGAGUUUCAUGAUAUGAAAACGUAUUAUAUAAUCUAAGUUUGUAGUGUAUAUGAAUGUCAUAGACUGGUAUGAUCAUGUCAAUGUCUAAGCAAGUUCAAAUGUGUGUAAAUGUAGUGUUGUGAAGCAAGUGUGAUAUAUAUAUAUAUAUAGAUAACACUUAGUUUUGUUAGAUCAAUAAGUGUAAAACUGAUGAACCUGGUUCUGCAUUAGAGAGCUCAUUUCUAUA